CAUCUUCUUGGCUUAGAAAACCUAAAAUUUGGGGAUUCUCUGCAAGUAGCACAGCCUGCAAAUCCUCAGAAGCGGCCCUGAUCUCUGGUAAUCUAGAUUCACCAUGGUUGCAGGAAAUGGGUUCCUGGUGAGCUCAGUCACUGAGCUUCACCGGAAAGAGAAACAGAAGAAGAAAGGCAAAUCUGGAGGGUUCGAGUCUCUAAACCUCGGUCCUAAUGUGUUCAAUGCAAUCAAGAAGAAAGGAUACAAAGUUCCUACACCGAUCCAGCGAAAGACGAUGCCGCUCAUUCUCUCCGGCGUCGACGUCGUCGCCAUGGCGCGAACCGGUUCCGGUAAAACCGCGGCUUUUCUCAUCCCUAUGCUGGAGAAACUCAAACAACACGUGCCCCAGGGAGGUGUUAGGGCGCUCAUCUUAUCUCCUACUCGUGACUUGGCCGAGCAGACUCUGAAGUUCGCUAAGGAACUCGGAAAGUUUACAGAUCUUCGUGUUGCCUUACUGGUUGGUGGAGAUAGCAUGCAACUCCAGUUUGGGGAGUUAACAAAGAGCCCUGAUGUCAUUAUUGCAACUCCUGGGAGACUUAUGCAUCUUUUGGAUGAGGUAGAUGACAUGACACUUAGGACGGUUGAGUAUGUGGUCUUUGAUGAGGCAGACAGUCUGUUUGGUAUGGGUUUUGCCGAGCAGUUGCAUCAGAUUCUAGCUCAGCUAAGUGAGAACAGGCAGACUUUGCUUUUUAGUGCCACCUUACCAAGUGCACUUGCAGAAUUUGCAAAGGCUGGUUUGCGCGAGCCUCAGCUUGUUCGGCUUGAUGUUGAGAACAAGAUAAGCCCGGAUUUGAAGCUUUCUUUUUUAACCUUACGACCCGAAGAGAAGUAUGCUGCAUUGAUAUACUUGGUGAGGGAGCAUAUAAGUUCAGAUCAACAGACCUUGAUAUUUGUCUCCACAAAGCAUCACGUGGAAUUCGUCAACUCACUGUUUAAGUUGGAAAAUAUUGAGCCAUCUGUAUGUUAUGGUGAUAUGGAUCAAGACGCACGCAAGAUUCACGUGUCAAGAUUCAGAGCGAGGAAGACUAUGUUGUUGAUUGUGACAGAUAUUGCUGCUAGAGGUAUUGACAUACCAUUGCUUGAUAAUGUUAUAAACUGGGAUUUCCCUCCGAGACCGAAGAUUUUUGUCCAUCGGGUGGGAAGAGCUGCUAGGGCUGGUCGUACAGGUUCUGCGUAUUCCUUUGUUACACCUGAGGAUAUGCCAUAUCUGUUAGAUCUUCAUCUGUUCCUCUCAAAGCCGAUCAGGCCUGCACCCACUGAGGAUGAGGUCUUGAAGAACAUGGAAGAAGUAAUGAACAGAACUAGCCAAGCAAUUGAUAGUGGAGUAACUGUUUAUGGUCGUUUCCCACAGAAAACCAUUGAUCUUAUUUUUAACAAAAUCCAAGAGAUGAUCGAUUCAUCUGCAGAGUUAGAGUCCCUUGAAAGAACAUCCAAAAAAGCUUUUCGCUUGUAUACAAAAACAAAACCCUCACCGUCAAAAGAGUCAAUUAGAAGAGCAAAGGAUUUGCCCCGAGAAGGCUUGCAUCCCAUCUUUAGAGGCAUAAUCGAAGGUGGGGAGUUAGAGGCAAUGGCAUUUUUUCAGAAAAUUAAAAAUUUCAGACCCAAGCAGACAAUACUUGAAGCGGAAGGUGAAGCUGCCAAAUCCAAAAAUGUGAAGGGUCCUCCUGGGCAAUGGGUUGAUGUGAUGAAGAAAAAAAGGGCCAUUCAUGAGAACAUCAUUAAUACGAGACAUCAGCAAAAUCUUAAGAGUUCCAAUAAUCAUUUGGAGAUGGAAGCUGAACCUACUACCACUUUUGACGAGGACAAGAUAUCAGGAAGCAAAUUUGGCGGUAAGAAAAGGAAGGCACAACAAAGCUUCAAGGACGAAGAAUUCUAUAUCAGCUCUAUACCAGUAAAUCAUCAUUCAGAGGCAGGGCUAUCUGUGAGGGGUAAUGAAGGGUUUGGAUCAAAUAGGUUGGACGCUGCUGUUUUAGAUCUAGUUGCAGACGAUGGCCAGGGCAUGAAGCAGCAAAAAACAAAUUAUCACUGGGACAAGAAAAGUAAGAAGUACAUCAAGUUGAACAAUGGAGAUCGCGUAACAGCCAGUGGAAAGAUAAAGACAGAGAGUGGACAUAAAGUGAGAGCAAAGAAGACAGGGAUAUACAAGAAAUGGAAAGAGACGUCUCACAAGAAAGUAUUCGGCCAAGAGGAUGGUGAUGCAGACGAUAGGAGAAGCAUGCCAGCAGGUAGAGAUGGCCGAGGCGGCAGAAGUGGGAAAAGAUUGCAAGGAUCAGUGCCUAACGCGCAUGUGCGUUCAGAGAUCAAAGAUCUGGAGCAAGUGCGCAAGGAGAGGCAGCAAAAGGCGAACAAAGUGUCUUAUCUGCAUAGCAAGAGAGGUGGCCGAGGCGGCGGGGCCAGGGGAGGUCGAGGUGGUAGCAGCAGGGAAUUUGGUAGUGGUGGAAGCGGGAGGGAUUUUGGCAGUAGAAGUAGUAGAGGCGGAAGAGGUGGUCGUGCUGGCGGCGGAGAUUUUGGCAGUCGCCGGGGUGGUAGUAGCAGAGGUGGUAAGAGAGGAGGAGGGGGAGGAGGAAGAGGUGGUGGAGGGAAACGAGGGAGGGGCAGAUAGCCGUGAAGACUCUUUUGACUCGUCAAAACUUAUGAGCUUAAGGCAACUAUUUAUUUUCAAAAUGUUACAUCACUCAAAUUUUGUGCAACACUGUUGUAUCCUCGUUUGUUUUCUCCAAUUUUUGUUUUUCUCUAAUAGCAGUUGUCAAAAACAGAAAAAACGAUAAUUGACAA